CCCCCUGUUCUGAGGUAUGAGAGGGAGGGUGUAAGAAGGAGAGAGAGAGAGAGACUGAGGGAGAGAGAGAUAAAUUGCAGACGUCCACGUCGGAACAGUUUCAUUCAACAGGUCUGAUCAUGGAGCUCAGAGGAGUGUGCGUGCUGCUGGGAGUUCUUCUGCUGGUGAACUGCUCGCUGCAGCAGAGGAAGAAGCCGGUGAAAAAAGAAGCAACAAAUGAUUCUGCCAUCGAGAAGCUGCAGAAACAGAUCAACGACAUUUUCGAGGAGCUCAACCACCUGAAGGAGCAACAGGCCCUGCAGACAGUCUGUUUGAAAGGCAUAAAGUUCCAUGGCAAGUGUUUCUUAGCUGACCCCGUGAAGAAGGGCUAUCACACCGCCAGCGAAGACUGCAACGCCAUGGGCGGAGUCCUCGGCACGCCCACAUCCAGCGACGAGAACGACCAGCUCAGAGAUUACGUCCGCCAAAGCAUCGGCCCGGACGAGCAGAUCUGGCUGGGCGUCAACGACAUGAUCACCGAGGGCACCUGGAUGGACCAGACCGCCUCCAGCAUCACAUACAAAAACUGGGACACCUCCAACUCCCGGUCCCCUCAGCCGGAUGGCGGCAAGUCCCAGAACUGUGCCAGCCUGUCCGGGGCCGCCCGUGGGAAGUGGUCUGACGAGAACUGUCGUGACGAGAAGGCGUCUGUCUGCCAGUUCAACAUUGUUUGAACACAUUUAUCGCAUCAGUGACUCCGCAUGCUCAUAGCUGCUUUGUCUGUGUACUCUUGCUGCAACGCCACUUUGCCUGCUACUUUUAAAAGUUUAAAGGAGUUUUUAAGCCAGUGGUUCUCAGCUGGUUUUUCACCUGAAACCAAAUUCAAAUGGAAAAAAGUCAUGAAGUGGUUAUUUCUCACAAAAUAGACCCGGUGAUGUGUAAUUUGCAGCUUUCUCCGUGGCCACAGUAAAACCAAGGAAACCCAAAAAGUUCAGUCGAGAGUAAGAAAGAAAUUAUGGGACAUUGUCUUAUUUCCAAGGCAUCAGUAAUUUUGCAUCUUCUAUCAUUUGUUUAAAAAGAAUAUGUACACAAAUUUUAUUUCCUCCAAUUAUAUAAAAACAUAAGCAGGCUGUUAGAUGUCCAUGAUUCAAAAUACAAAUGUUCCAGCAAUAAGAGUUGUGUGAAGGUGCUGGCACCUUUCACAGUCAUAAAAAACUGGGUGUAACUUCACUUUUCCACAUCUCUAUUACAAAACGCUCCUCAACUCACUGGUAGAGAACCGCUGGUUUAAACUCAGGCCUCCCUUCACAAAUAAUAACUACUGUAGUUUCCCGACAAGACGCACAUGGAGCCAGAAUAAUAUAUAAGACGCAUAAAGAAAACAAACACCUUAAUUGAGAAUUCUUUUAAGAUUAUUUCAGCUUGCUAGUUUUUGUAGUCUCCUAUAAUGUCAAGCCUGAUAUAAGCUGAAGAAAACAAUCAAUAAAAUACAAAAGAAUGUUC